UUAUUAUUAAGCAUUCCAAAUAUAUCUCGCGGUGGGCUAAGGAGACUUCGACAGGGUUCUGAUGAAUUCGACGAGUCAGAUUUUCUGGAUUCAGACUUAUCAACAGUUGAUGCUCAGUUGGUACGUAUCCCUAUUCAAUUUCCCACUUCAUUCAAAUAUGAACUAAGUAGUAGACAUAUGCUAUUAAGCGGCAGUCUAAUACAGGCGCUACUGACUUCGGAUCGCAGUAGGAAAUUCAAAUACAACGGAUGUUUUAGAAAUAGUUCCGGUGACGGAGAUGGCAUACUGAGGUUGACGCGUGCAUUGCAGGAUGAAGUGUUUAUCGUUAUAAACAAAUUCGAGAUCAUGGUUGAAGUUGCGUAGGAUCAAGCAAUUAAGUAGCGUAUGAGAUGUGAGGCGCUACAUACACCCUGCCUCUCAAAUAUCGCCGACUAUCGUUCAGUUCAACCAGUAUACGCGAAUUUAGACCUUACCUAUAUUACGAGUUUGUCUUUUUGGUACGUUACAUUGAACGUUGUCAUCCCAAUACACACAAAAAAAACCAG